AUGGCAUCGAAAAAGACUUCGUCUCCCUGUCACCAAGGCAUGACGCCGCCGGAUAGCCCAACGAAGGAAUCGACCACGCCUCGAGAUACCGUGGAGGAUCUGAAGCAUCUCUUUGAAAGCGUGCUGCUCAGUCUUACCAACCGAGAACCUCCAAACACUCCUGUCUUCCAGGACCAUUCCCAAUCAGGCCCCGAUAUGGUUCAACUGAAGCAGUUGUUAGUGAAGGUCAUCCGCAAAGGAUAUUCUUCAGCUGAGCUUCCCGUGGCAAAUGAGCCUUCUGAGCCUUCUCAGCCUUGCUUUUCCAGCGAUGAGCAGGCAGAGAACGCUCAGGCCGCACGUAAAGAUCCGAAUUGUUUCCAUGUUACUUCAGACGAUUUCAAAUCGUUUAAGAAAUUGGCAUCGGCAUCCCAAUUCAAAACAGUCGCGGAAACUUGGGACAAGCUAGCCGAGCCGACGGACACUAGCAUUGGCCUGGACGACUACGCUGAAUAUGCAUUCAUUGCCCGUGAACGUGUUGACCGAACGUCAUCUUCUAUCCAAACGCGAAACUCCACUGUGUUCACCUCAGAAGUCCUCCAGAGGUUCCUCGAGAUUAUGGGUAAGAAUAUCGGCUACCACACCCCUGUUCACCAGACAAUGGACACAACUACUUCUCGGGUGAAACGUCGCAAGGGCAACGCUCCUGCUCUUUCUGUCCCUGACGGCUGCCUGAUCGAGCAGAACACUGAUAACACUAGCGGAUCUACCGAAAUGGUUCCUCUCCGUAUUGGAGAUGCCCAAAAUAUCAUGAGUUACUAUGAAGGCGCCCUAAAACACUUCCAACAGCGAAACUGCAGCACCGUUGCCAAGGCAUUCGUCAAAUUUAUCGAGCCUCGCAAGCGGAUCCUACACCCUUACAAUGGUCGCGGGUCACCUCGAGGAUCCGCCCCCCGUACUACUGGUGACCCAGAAAUGACUAAGCCCGAGUGGUGGCCUGAAGAUAUUAUACACAAGGAGCCUGAUCACUUGAGAAUAAAGAACUGCAUUAAGCUCUUGCUUCACAUUAUAUGCAAGCUCGGUUAUCGUGGCAUUACUGCCGAUAAGCUUAAAGAUGUUGCUAGUGAGACCCAGCGGAGCUUGAAGGACGCAUCCGAUGUCGAGAUCAUGUACGAGAUCCUCCGGGUUCGUAAAAUGGAGGAGAGUUUUGAACGAGGUGAAGUCGACGCCAACAUGGUCGUCUACACCAUGAGGCGCGGCCCUAGUCUUAAGGCCGAUGAAGAAGAUGAGCCCGCUAUAUCAGUGACUACUGAGAAGUCCGAGCAUCUAUACCAAGGAUUAAUGAAUCCCAACUCAUCAUUCGGGCAACCAUCUACCUCCUUAACCACACAUAUCGACAACAUCCCAUCAACCCGCUCCCUCCCAGACAGCUUCUCUAUGGUGGAGCCUCUUAACCUUGAAAUCCCUAUUGGCCAGGACUGCCCCUACUACACCGUCCCCCAAUACUCCGGUUUAUUGUCACAGCCCAUGCUCAGCACUCCCGUGACAGCAGAGAUGAUCAGCCCCCACAACGUCCCAGUGUCAGCUUCCGACUACUCCGCUUACAACACCUACCCAAACUCUACUCCAGGAGUAAGCGGUCACUGCGAUACCUGGACACCGUCUUUCCACGAUAACAUCCAGUGUAUGCCCCAGCCAUUAAUGAAAUACCAGAUUCCCACGGUAUCGCACGUGCAGUACAUAGCCUGUCUCCAUCCACCAGAGCUUCCUCUCUGUCCGUAUGGGAUCGCUGGGCCACCCGCGUUCUAA